AUGGCCGGGAAAAUCCGCUAUCUGGACUCUCGUGCGGACGAGCAGCUUCGAGGAAUCACGAUGGAGUCGUCUGCCAUAUCUCUCUAUUUCUCCAUGCUUAAAAGGGCAUCCAAAAACGCCGAUCCGGAGCAGAGAGAAUACCUGAUCAAUCUAAUUGACUCUCCAGGCCAUAUUGAUUUCAGCAGCGAGGUAUCCACUGCUUCCAGACUAUGUGAUGGUGCUCUUGUUCUAGUAGACGUUGUCGAAGGCGUUUGUAGUCAAACCGUUACUGUGUUGCGGCAUACAUGGGUUGAGCAUCUCAAGCCAAUUUUAGUCAUCAAUAAGCUCGAUCGACUGGUAACAGAACUGAAAAUGACUCCCACAGAAGCGUAUUCGCAUCUCAGCAGGCUACUUGAACAGGUUAAUGCUGUCAUCGGAAGCUUCUAUCAAGGUGAACGCAUGGAGGAAGACUUGCUUUGGCGGGAGAGAAUGGAGGAGCGUGUCAACGCUGCGACCGCCAAAGAGAAAGAUCGGACGAUACGGCUUACGGAUAACAUAUCAGAUACCACCUCUCAGGCCGAUCCAGGGGAAGUUGAAUUUGAAGAGCGUGAUGACGAGGAUCUCUAUUUUUCACCUGAGAAAAACAAUGUCAUAUUCUGUAGCGCAACUGAUGGGUGGGCUUUUACUAUUCGUCAAUUUGCACGCCUAUAUGAGAAAAAACUAGGUUUUAAAAGGUCUCUUUUGGAAAAGGUCCUAUGGGGCGACUUCUAUCUCGAUCCGAAAACCAAACGAGUCCUUGGCCAAAAGCAUCUAAAAGGACGUAAUUUGAAACCGAUGUUUGUCCAACUUGUUCUGGAGACGAUAUGGGCAGUGUACAAUGCAGCCACUGGGGAUGGCUAUGGAAAGGGUGAUCUGGCCUUGUUGGAGAAAAUCACUAAAUCUCUUGGGAUUACAAUUCCAGCCCAUGUAUUGCGUUCACGAGAUCCAAGGAAUACCCUUUCAGCCAUAUUUUCAUCCUGGCUUCCGCUUUCAACAGCCGUCUUAGUCUCCGUAAUCGAAUAUCUCCCUAGUCCUCCAGUUUCGCAAGCGUCAAGGCUCCCGGACAUGAUCAAAGACUUGCCGGGCUCUGAUGCCAUUAGUCCAAGAGUGAUUGAAGCAAUGGUCGACUUUAAAAAAGGGAAAGAUGAUCCAGUUGUGGCAUAUGUGAGCAAAAUGGUUUCUGUCCGCGAGAGUGAACUCCCUCAAAAUACGCGGCUACCGGGAGGUAUGCUAAGCGCGGAAGAAGCACGGGAUAUGGCCAGGAGGAAACGAGAGGAGAUUGCGAAAUUACAGGCACAAAGUAAUGGAGAGUCACAAACUGAUAGUUUUGCCCAAGUAACGACCGCCUUCGCAAGCGCAAGCAUAGAAGAGACUGAUCAGGCCCGGGUGGAAGAAAAGGAAAAUCCUGAGCACCUCAUCGGCUUUGCACGAAUAUAUUCCGGCACACUCUCUGUUGGGGACUCUAUAUAUGUUAUCCCACCAAAAUUUUCACCAUCACAUCCCCACGGGCCGCCUACACCGCAAAAAGUGGAAGUAAAAGCUCUUUAUUUGCUUAUGGGGCGAAAUCUGGAAAACUUGCAAAAUGUUCCAGCGGGCGUUGUUUUUGGUAUCGCUGGUAUGGAAGGCCACGUUCUGAAGACAGGGACACUGUGCAGUCAACUGGAGGGGGCAGUGAAUUUGGCGGGAGUUACGUUGUCGACUCCUCCCAUUGUUCGCGUCGCGCUCGAGCCUGUGAACCCUUCAGAUUUAAAUAAGAUGAUCACUGGUCUGAAGCUGUUGGAAAGGAGUGACCCCUGUGCACAGUACGAAAUUCUCCCCAGCGGGGAGCACGUCAUUGUCACAGCUGGGGAAUUACAUCUUGAACGAUGUCUGAAAGAUCUACGAGAGCGGUUUGCCAAGUGCGAAAUUCAGGCUGGAGAGCCCAUUGUCCCUUAUCGUGAGACCAUAAUAAGUGCGCCGGAGAUGGCGCCUCCGAAGAACGCCGACCUUCCUCGUGGAACCAUACAAAGUAUCUCAGCGUCAAAACAACUAACUAUACAACUAAGGAUACGACCUCUACCCGCGGAAGUAACUGAAUUUUUAACCAAAACUGCAGCUACAAUUAAGAAAUUCUAUGCGGAAAGGAGGACAGGAGCCAACAAGGACGUCACAGAAACUAACACCAGCGGUGAAAUAGAUGAUCAUAUUGAUAUAAGUAAUGGCGAGACUGCUGUUAGGAAGAUACUUUCCCUUGAGGAGUUUAAGAAAGAGCUGCAAAACAAGUUCAAUGAAUCCAAAGAAGAGAAAGACACCUGGAGGGAUAUUGUGGAUAGAAUCGUCGAGUUCGGCCCGAGAAGAACAGGCCCUAACAUUCUUGUCGACUCAACGUUAACAAGCUUGUGUGAUAAGCUCACAUCAAAUCAAGUGCCUCAGCCUGCCUCACAGGCAUCAGCAGAUCACCAGCGACGCAGCAUGAACCUCUUCUCUGAUAAGAUCUCAUACGCAUUCCAACUCGCCACUUCGCAGGGCCCCCUGUGCAACGAACCUAUCCAGGGAAUUGCUGUUUUCAUAGAAGAUGUCUCUGUUACGGGAAAAGGUGAGGAGGAGCUUGGCCGUCUUACUGGUGAAGUCAUCAGAUCCGUACGAGAUGCCGUAUGGCAAGGGUUCCUUGACUGGAGCCCGCGCAUACUCCUGGCGAUGUACAGUUGCGAGAUUCAAGCGUCCACCGAAGUCCUCGGCCGCGUCUACGGCGUAAUAACGCGACGAAGAGGCCGCAUCCUCUCUGAAGCCAUGAAAGAAGGCACGCCCUUCUUUACAAUUCUCUCCCUCUUACCAGUGGCCGAAUCUUUCGGUUUCUCCGACGAGAUCCGGAAACGUACCUCGGGUGCCGCCUCGCCACAGCUAAUCUUUGCUGGCUUUGAGAUGCUGGACGAGGACCCAUUCUGGGUUCCUGCGACGGAGGAGGAAUUGGAGGAUCUGGGGGAGCUUGCGGACCGCGAGAAUGUGGCAAAGAGGUACAUGGAUCGGGUCAGGAGCAGGAAGGGGUUGGUUGUUAAGGGGAAGAAAUUGGUGAAGGAUGCAGAGAAGCAGAAGACGUUGAAGCGGUGA